GGCAAGAGCCUGAGAGCCUUGUGAACAGAGCAAGUACCUCUCCUUGUCCAGCAGGUGGCAUUUUCUCCAGCAGUUCCUGUGGUUUUCAUGCGCACCUCCAUGCCCUGAUCUCUUCUUACUGGACAUCAUUCCAAUUGGGCACCACAGUCCCGGUGCACUGGGCUGUGGCAAGGCAAGGUGCCAGGCUGUGUAGGAUCCAGGCAAGACUAAGGCUCCAAAGAGACAUGACCCGGCUUCUCCUGGUGCUCUGGGCAUCGCUGGUGUCUGUGGACCUCGAACGAGGCAUGAUCAUCUACAAGGUACCAGCCCAAAACCUGACCUGUUUCCAGUGCUUCAAUGUUUCCCAGGCCAGCCAGUGUCAGCCCGCAGAAUGUCAGCCCAACGAAAAGGUCUGCGUGAGCAGAGAGGUUCUCCUUAACAAGAAUAAAAACAGAAAUACUGAGAUCACCAAGCGCUGUGCCACCACUUGUCCCAAAGCCAAUGAUUUCAAUCAGUUGUCAUUGAGCAAUAUUCAUGAUGGAAUCAUCAGAAGAUGCUGUUCAUGGGAUCGUUGCAACAGAGCACCUGGGAGUUGGGAGGGGUUCUGGUCCUUACCAGGUUGGCUCCUGCUGCCAAUGAGUCUGGCCCUCUUUUGCACCCUGUUGUGAGAACCAUUGUGCUGUGAUACCCUGCCCCAACAUACUCAUCCUUCUAGCACAUCCUGUCUUCCACCUCAAAUCUCACCUUCAUCGAUUCCAGCACUUGCACAGCAAUGGUCUGUCCGUGGGGCAGAAGGGAGGACACCAUACCCUUUGCUUAGGACUCAGCAGUCUGCUCCUCCCUGACAUUCUGGCCCAGGAAGUAGGAAUAAAACCCUGCUGCUCCUCAUGGAGGCAGACAGGGAGUAUAUCCAGUGCAGACCACAGGCUUCUUCAAGAAAGCCCUUGACCCUUGGCACACUGUCACACACAGUGAGAGGCACAUGGAUCUGAUGAAGCCAGAGGUGAAUACACUCUCUGACACUACUCCACUUGUGUCCCCUGUUCAUGCAUUUGAACUGGGAAUCUUACUCAGAGACAGUAAACUCUUGCUUCCCCACAGCCUGGCUCUUGCUCCUUCAUAGGUCCUCUGUCCCAGGGACUCAUCCCUCUUCCAUCUUUCAGUACAGCCUUAAAUGACUAGAGCAGCCAAGAUCUGCAUGGAACCAUCCAAUUAGGAGACAGACUGUUAUACUCAAUAUAGAGCUGUCCCUGAAGCCUGAGGCCCAGCAUAGAGUGAUCAUGCAAUCCAAACUCAGAUCUGGAGCUCUAGGAGGGCUCACUGGCCACAGUAUGAGGAAGGGGAGGGGACAGAGUCUGGAGUGCCAUAAGGAGAAGAGAAAAUGCCAAGGUGGUGUAAAAUCACAAAUGGUUGAAGCUUCACUGCAGGAAGCGAGGCCUGGUGGACAUGACUGGUUACCUGGCCUUAGAAGAGUCCCUGAGAACGGGCAAAGGUAAGGAGCACAGAGAGGGUUGAGGAGACUGAUUGCAAGUUUAAGGCUAGCCAGGCUGAGUGGGCUACACUGGGCAUGAAGGGGCUGUCCAAGAGAAGAAGGAUGUUGCUGGAAGGCCUUUGGUAUGGGACAGGCUACUACUGUAGCCUUGCUGUGACCACAUGACUGGACAGCAACAACUUAGAGAAGAUGUAUUUGCUUCAAGGUUUCAGCCUGUAAUGUGGGGAAGACUCGGUGCAGCCCAGCGCCCUGCAGUAGGAGUGUAUGAUGACACUUCUGAUGUCAGGGUGGACUAGAAAGCUCGGAGGAUAGCUUGGACCAGGGUUCAGAAGAAAACUUCAAGCCCCAUACCAAACUUCCUAAAAAGAUCCACAGCCUCCAAAAAUAUUCCCACCAACUGGUGAAUAAGGUUUAAAAUAUGACCCCAGAAGGGAUAUUUCUGAUUCAGUCCCUAGAACAAGUGAAGUUAUGGGUAGGUGUGGUAUCUCAUUCCCAGAUGCUUACAUCUGCCCACUCUUGUCCACACACCCUGCCUGCCCCCCUGACCCUGCUCUCCAGGAUCCUGCAGCACACUCUCACCUGAGUUGGCUGGGGUAGGGAAUGCAUUACACACUCCACCUAACAUUCUGCAGUUUCUUCCUAACCAGUGAUUGAUAUGUCCUGUAGCCUAUGAGUGGUCUGGCAUCUCUGUUCCCAAGGUCCCUGACAAGACCUUCUCUUCAGAUAUGGGUUUCACAUUGAAUUUUAGCCCCACUCACUCCCCACACUGGCCAAACACUAGUGCCAUAUGUACUGCUUAGUGACCUAGCAUGGACAGUAGGGGCUCUGGGAGUCUCUGGGUACAAGGUUUGGGAUAUCCUCCUUGGAUUAUGCUAAGGAAGCAGAUACUAAGAGGACCAUCUUGCCAUGAUAACAUGGGGUGGGUCACUCCUUGGAGCUAAAUUCUCCUGAAAAAGAUUACAUGUAAGUGCCACCCAGGUCCUGUGCUGGUGAGGCAGGUAUUUGAGAUGGACAAGGCCUUUCUCUGCCCAGAUCUGCUUGACGCAGGUACUCAGGUGCUAGGCAAGCAACAUUCCUCAAAAGUGAAAUUGAGACAGAUGCUUUGGAGUUCUCUGUCUCACGUCAAUGAUGACUAAGGAUGUGUACACAUGAGUGGCUGAAUGGAGAAGAACCAGAGAAGACACCAUGAGGAGCCCUGUGUGAGGACUUUUUUAAAAUAUGAGUUAUAGCUAGAACUAGGCAAAGAUUAGGGUAAUUUUCUUAAGAUGAAUUAAUCCUCCAGAUACUGCAUAGGCCAAGCUCAGCCAGGAGAUAAUAACACACUUCUUGCCCAACUGGGAAUAAUUACAUGUAAACCCUCCUCCUCUCCAAUUCUAACUUACUUCCUUAGGUCCUCACUUUGACUCUUGCUCACCACAUUAAUUUUAACUGGCGCUGCAAGUCACAGAAUUUGCAAGUAGUGCUGGUCCACAACUUUAGCUUAUGUUUGAUAGUCACUGAUAAAUUAUUCUCCCUUUGUUUUCAUGUUUACAUGAUCAGAUUGUAGUUGUACCAUAGGCCUUUCACCUUUACUGCAUAUAGACAACUGACUGCUCUAUCACUGGGUGUGUUGGCCACUAGUCAAGCUCACCUACCCAGUCUCUGUAUCAGUUACACCAAACCAAUUGGAGUUGAGGUCUAAGUUCCCUUUCUGGACAGAGUAAGCAGCUAUUUGGUGAUAGUAAAACUGGAUCUGUGGUCAUGUGUCACAUGUUAUACAUGAGGUUAAACUAAGUGUCAAAAACCAGGGCCAUCCAUUUGGCAGAGGAAGCCAUAUGCAAAGCAUCUGAUAGCCUGUGAGUGGCACGGAGCCAUCAAGGUUUUAACACAAAACUCAGACACAAGCCUUUAAUCCCAGCCACUCAGGAGGUAGAGGCAGGUGGAUCUUCAUGCAUCUAGGCAGCAGUGGCCACUACCAAAUGGAAAAGCAAAAGCCUAAGCUCUGAAGGAAGAGAGCUCACACCUCCAAGUGGUGAGGGCCAUCCAUGCAGGCUGCAAUCAACUCUGGGUUGCCUUCCCUCUUUGACUUUCCCAUGGACCUGAAGUGACUUCUUCAUGGGUGGGAAGUGUCCUUGUGUGGUAUCUACAGCUCCAGUUCUCCAGCCAAAAGGAGAGAAUUUAGAUAACAGCAAAAUUCCUGAAGCAGUCAAGGGAUGAUGGGUCUUUGGAAAGCAAUCCCAUCAGGAGGCUUGAGGCUAGCAGUGGGUCCAAGCAUUACCAAGGCAUAGGAAUUUGAGUUGCUCAGUGCCAUCAUCCAUAGCAGGUAGAUCAGUACCUGUGACAGAACCUAGUAGCUGCUGAAGCAAAGGCACUGGACUGCCUGUUCCAUCAGAGUCAAAGAGGGUUAAGCUUCACAGCACCAAAAUCACUCCUUAGACUAAAGAUAGUGGAAACCUCAGCAGCAAGGACAAGGGUGCUCAAUAGAUGCUGAGGUGGCUUGAGUGAGAGACAUCCCCACAGGAUCCGGUAUUGCACACUUGGUUCCAGGUUGGCAGUGAUGUUUGAGAUGGAACAUUGAGGAGGUACAAUCUUCCUGGAAGAAGGAUGUCACUGGGGGGUCGGGGGGAGGAUUGUUAGGUUUUCAGAGUUCAUGGUCUAGUCCCACCUCCAAAUCUUUACUCCCCCUCCCUCUCCUCUUCCCCACUCUCUGCAUUGUGAAUGUGUGUCUGCUCAGCUUCUGGCUCCAGCUGCCUGCUGUGAUGCCUCUCCUUCCAUUCUAGACUCUCUCUGGAAUUGUAAGCCCAAAUAAACUCUUUUUUCUGUA